CUCUAAAAAUUUUCUCUCUCUUUUCUCUUUGCUACUUCCUUUUCUGACAACCUUCAGGUGACUUCCAGCGACCUUCCCUUUCUCUGCCUUUCUCCCACAUCAGGAUCACGCAUUUAAGAAGAAGAGGCAGCUAAUCAACUCCAUAAAUUUGAAUAGACUGCUGAGAUUCAUACCGAUGGUCAGCUUCGUGUAGCUUACCUAAUUCUCGGAUAUUCCCCUGUGUAUCAGAGCUUCUAAACUACAGGAAAGGCUAUCACUAUAAGGCACCCUUUACUCCCUUACAUAGACGUUUGCUACAAGGGAUACAUCCUCUCCCCUUCUGAACGUGCACCUCAAGAAGAAGGGUGAUACUGGAGCAAUUCUCCUCCUCCUUUCACUCCUGAGGACUUAGGAGUCAUUGUUGUUGUUUCCACCUCGGUUGAUCGUCCCCAGCGUAAAAGAAAGAAGAAAACGGGCAACAUUGAAACCCACAGCCCUUCACCAUCCCGAAAGGUGCCAAACAUCCCAGUAGCUAUCCCUUUAAAAGACUCUCUUGUCAAGAUGCCGCUUCAAAGAGGUAGGGUCACCCUUGCUCAAAUUUUGGGUACACUCAUUAGGCCUCAAGGUCAAACACCUCCCCAGGUUGCAACUACUUCUACACCUCCUCCGGCUCCUCCAGUUGUCACGGCAACUACUACCCCAACCCAUGAAAUUAGAGCUGGGCAUAAGCGUCCAAGGGGGUUAAGCUCCGAGCAACCCUUAACCAUCCCUGAUUCUGAGAAUUCUCCUCUGGACUUGGGUGACUCCCAGGUUGAUGCCAUAGGUGCACCAGCCUAUAUAAAGACAUUUAUGGUGGACGGGGAAGCUCUUCCUGUCACAGACAAAGUAAGGCCCUAAAGGGAUGGUCGUGAAGGGAAAGUGUCCGAGUGCGUAGGGAAAGCUCUCCUUCUUCCUGAGGACAUGAAACAUUGGGCGAAGUGUGAUGAUGAAUCCUUGCUACUCAAUAUGAAGAGGGAAGCUAUCAUGGGAUAUCAAUGCUUCGUGGUAAUGGAGGAAAGAUAAUUAGUAGCCAAGGCCAAGAUUGAAGAGCCGAUCACUGACAAUGAAGAUCUCCUAAAGAAGAUCUCAAAUAUGAUGAACAAAGUUUCAAAAACCGAGAAGCUUCGAGCCAAGGCCAAGGAGAACACCAAGGCCAUUACUGAGAGGAAAGAAGGUCUAGAAAAGGAGGUGAUGGAAUUGAAGAAGGCCCUUGCAGAAAAAGAUGUCACUCUACAAGGCUACGAGGCAGCUGAUGAUACUAAGAUUCAAGAAGCCUACUAUCAAGGCCAACAUGAUUACAUCGCCUUCGUGAAGCCUAAAGUGCAACAAAAUUUGCAGGUCUAUUUCUAUAGGGGAUGGUUUGCUACUUUAGACAAGCUACAAGUGGAGGUUUCAUCCUCACUUAGCCAAGAGAGCAACAUUCCAAUUCUCGAGGAACUUAUCAUCAUCCCGUACCCAGAGAUUCAAGCUAUUAUCAACGACGAGUCUCCCAUCUGCAAAGUAGAAAGAGAUGGUCCUAUUGCGGGGUCAGGAGGAGAGUUGAAUAACUCAGUAGCCAUGUCCACCAUUGAAGAGUUGCCUUGUGCUUAAGUCCUUUAUCAUCUUUUUUUUUUUUUUAGACUGUUUUUUGAACACUUUUCUAGUUUGCCCGGUUUUCAAAAGGCUAAAAAUAACUUUGUAUCUAUUUUUGCUAAGUAUC